CCUUUUGCUUACAGCAGAAAAUAUCGGAACCAAAGCGAUGCCGUCGACGCAGUCCUUGACCGUCGCAGCGAAGACGCUACGAAAUCGGAUCUUCUCCAGGUCUGGAUCUACAUCCGCCGGUCCGAGUCGGUGGGCGACGCCAGGUCAUGAGGAGCGGCCUAAGGGUUACUUUAUGAACCGGCCUCCUCCGCCACCGGGACAGUCGCGAAAAUGGGAAGAUUGGGAGCUUCCUUGUUACAUCACCAGCUUCCUCACAAUUGUUAUCCUCGGCGUCGGACUCAAUGCCAAACCUGAUCUUUCAAUCGAGACUUGGGCUCAUCAGAAAGCUCUAGAGCGCCUUGAGAUGGAGAAGCUAGCCAACGCUGGAGAUUCCUCCGAUUAAGCAUCACCGUUGGAUCUCCGGAUGCUUGAUUUGGUAUGUCUUCUUCCCGGGGAUUUGAAGAGUUGUUUUUUACCCGUUCAAUGACGAUCACGAAGACUGGAGAGUUAGGGUUUCGUUUGGCCCUUGAACUUUGUUUCAUUUCUCCUUUGUUUUGUCGAUAAUGAUAAUGUUCAUGAAAUAAGUGUUCUUUAACUGUUUAAACGCAAUUGCCUUCACUCUCCACUGCUUAUUACACUUCUCAAAUUUGGUCACUUUGAUUUGCUCGUUUCUCA